AUGGUGGUUAAACCUAAAGAGCUGCCUGAAGGGACUGCUGUGGAGGCUGGCCGAGACCAAAAAUAUGCGGCUAUAGUCGACGAUGACGCCCAAGCUAAGCUCAAUGCUCUAAGAGAAUCACAUGGAGCUACGUGGGACAGCCCUGAGGACCCCAAUAAUCCAUACAACUGGUCGCUUACUCGCAAAGUCUGCAUUGCUAUUGUGGUGUCCUUAGGCCAACUGGCCACCCUUAUGUCGACCAGUAUGAUGGCGGCGGCCUUGAACCAGAUCGCAGAGGACUUGGGAUUAAGCAUCUCCGUAACGCAAAUAUGCUUCUCGAUCUUUCUACUUGGAUUAGCCUUUGGGCCCUUUCUUGUCGCUGCCUUUUCUGAGAUAUAUGGCCGGAAGCCAGUCUGGCUGGCUUCAAAUAUUUGGUACAUUCUUUGGAACUCGCUCUGUCCGGUUGGCAACUCCCCCGGACUAAUGAUGACUGGGAGGUUCCUUGCAGGCUGUGGAGCGAGUGCCGGUGUCACGUUGACAGCACCUAUCAUGGGUGAUAUGUUCCAUGCCAAAGACCGUGGGAAAUCCCUUGCACUGGCCACCCUCAUACCCUACCUGGGGCCAGCUCUAGGACCAAUAAUGGGCGGCCUAGCCUCACAAAAUAUCCACUGGCACUGGCUCUUCUGGAUAUUAUCAUCAUUCGAGGCUCUCGUCACCGUACUAGGCGUCGUCAUCCUCAGGGAAUCAUACACGCCGGCUCUCCUCCGCCGAAAAGCACAAGCACAGAAUCCCAAUCUCUACCGAAGAAGCAGUCCCUGUACCCAACAAUUCUACCUAGACCUAUUCACCCAGCUCCGAAAAAACAUCUACCGUCCCCUCCGCCUCCUUGCAACGCGCCCCAUCAUCCAGCUCCUCUCCAUCCUCUACGGCUUUGACUUCGGCAUCUACGUCCUCAUGCUCUCCACCUACGCCAGCCUCUGGAUCGACCGCUACCACGAGUCCGAAACAAUCGGCAGCCUAAACUACAUAGCCAUCGCCAUCGGCACUACAAUUGGCGCCCAAGGCGGCGGCCACUUAAUGGAUUACAUCUGGCGCCGAAUGCGUGACCGCCCCAACACCAUCAUUUCCCCCGAGUUCCGCAUCCCCUAUAUGAUCCCCAGCGUCCUGCUUAUCCCCAUCGGUCUCUUCUGGUACGGCUGGUCGGCCGAACAUGGUAUCUCCUGGGUGAUGGUCGAUGUUGGCGCGGCGAUCUUCACCGCUGGCUGCUUUAUGGUCGGUCAGGGCAUGUUGGCGUAUUUGCUUGAUGAGUUCACGCAUGCGGCGUCUGCUAGUGCGGCGACGCGCAUGUUGUCCAAUAUUCUGGCGUUUGCUUUUCCGAUCUUUGCGCCGGAUAUGUAUGCGCGGUUGGGGUUUGGGUGGGGGAAUAGCUUGCUUGGGUUUCUUUAUUUGGGGCUUGGGGUGCCGAUUCCCUUGGUGCUUUGGUUUUGGGGUCCGAGGAUUAGAGCUAUAGGGAAGGAGUUUUAG